AUGUUCAGGGUUUUGAACAUGCACAUUGUGAUUGCUGCACUGACUGAUUUUACACUCAGUCUUCCAGAACACAAGAAGCUCCUUGACGUCAAUAAAGGCAAGGUGGAUCAGUACUGGGCUCAGAUGGCCAUCCUGCAGAGGUACACAAUCAUAUGGUCUAACUCUGAAGAGACAUUUCUGGAUGGCACAAAGAUCCCCCUCAUUGAAAACCUUGACAAGAUGGUCACAAAUAUGACCAAAACCCCUCUGCCAUAA